AUGUGGCUCUUUCGAGUCUUUUCGUCGGCCUUGUUCCUCGCCAUCACCGUCUCGUCAAUCCCACUAGCCUUCGAUGUGGGCGGCAAGACAUGUGGCCUGGCAUUUUCCUUGUCAUUGGCGUCCUUUUACUUCCUGGUCUCGCUGUUGAAGGUUACCACCCCUGACCGAUCGUGGUUCCGUUCCUCCAUCAUUACUGUUCUCCGCUUCCUACAAUGGGCCGUCAUCUUGGUCCUUCUGAUUUGGUCGCUGAAUCGAUUCUCAGUUGACUCCGACAGUGCAGGAUGGGUGGAACGCACUUUCAGCGGCAAGAGGGCGCAGGAUUCUUCUAUUCAGGAAUGGCUCUUUGGUCGCGAUGGCCUGGUAGAAACCGUGACCCUCGGCAACUGGGAUAGACUUUUGAGAUGGUCUACCCCGGUCUUCCAGCUGGCAGAGGGAUUUUGCAGUUUACUGGUGAUUCAGGCCGCUGGGCAAAUUACCCGCUGGCUCGUCAACCGAGGUGGACGGAGCGAUAGCUGGAUGAUCGGCCUCUUGGUCUUGUCCGCUACGGUUAUCUCCAGCUCGGUUUAUUUCCUCUGGCGUGUUCUGCAAUUCCCCGAAAUUUCCAACGUCGAUGCCGCCUUGAUUGGAGUCUCUGUCACAUGCGCUGUCAUUUUGUGUGCCUGGGGUAUUGGAAGUGGGCGCGAUCUUCACGGACUACCAGCCAUCGCACCCCAUGGAACAGAUCCCCUCGCCCUCGCAGGUCGGAGACUUCCCCCACUGCCUCCCAUCAUCAUGGCGUCGUACACAACCGUGAUGCACGCACUGUCUACGUUGCCAUCGAUUAUCCACGCCGGCUUCAACGUCAUCACCGCUGUUUUUAGCGCUGUUACGCCCUCUGUCCUCAUCUCGCUCGCCUACCGCCUGCUUGUGCUGUAUGCAUCUACGCGCAUCAUCCCAGCUGUUCGCGAGUCUGGCGCCCGUGCGCUUUCCCAAGAGGCUUCCAUUGAUGAUACCGACGCAGCAGGCCAAGUGUUGGGCUUCCUGAGCUACUUUGCCCCCAGCAUUCUCAUCGCUGUCUACACCAGUCUCCUUAUGCAGCACUUCGCAUCAACAUCACAAGCAAUGGGUGGCAGCGGCGAAUGGUGGAGCAGUCAAGGCAAUGGCGGUGGUAACCCAUGGCGUUGGAUUAAUCUUGCUUGCACAAUUUCCCUAUACGCAGUCGAGCUAUGGCUCGGAGAAACCAACGAUCUGGACAACGGAGUGGCUGGCCACUGGAAAACCGACUGA